AUGUUCAUCAGGUCUACCCUUGUCGCCUGCGCGCUUCUCUUGUUGACUACCUCUGUAGUCGCUCAAGGUGUCAGCCCCGAUUUCACACCCGGUCGCUGUUCCUUCGACGCCGUCAUCACUCAGGAUUGCUGGGACAACCACGACAACACUUACGUCGAUCUCUCACCCGUUUAUGAUGGCGCUGGCAACCAGUUUAUGGAGCAAACCGACUUCAUUGACUUGACCGAUGGACAGACGCUCACCGGCGUGGUUGCUGGAAAGAAACUAAAGAUUGGAUAUGAGAGGGACAGUAUCGGAUCCCUGACCUGCGAAUUUGACUGCGCAAAGCCCGAGUCAGACUUCACCGUGAAGCGCGCGCGCUCCGAGGCGCUCCCCGAGAUGCUUUCGAUACCACCCAGUCCAGCCGCUAUCAACUCAUCCUCUGCAGACUACGCCCCAGGAUUCUGCUCCUUCAAGCUGCAACUCUUCCAGCAGUGUCUUCACACGCCCGCAGAAGGCUGGCACAACCAGAUGCUUGGCAUGCUUUACAGCGUCGAAGACAACAAUCGUAAAUCCGUGGUCACGUACCCCGAGGGGGCUGGUCGUAUCGACAAGAGUGCUGUGAGGCUGUCGGGCAUGGGUGGCUUGAUUGUAUACUACAAUCCGGACGACAGGCAGAUGUACUUUGCGUUUGAGCCGAAGGGUGGCUACUGGAGCACUCUGACUACCAACACCCCGGAUGCCAUGGGCAUGUGCUCUUGGAACCCGUGGACGCGCGCCGAGACUAGCUGUGAUGAGAACCACCAGAACGAUCACCCGAGGCUUUCGGACAUGACCUGCCUGCAUCCCGUGCAGACGCAGGAAGAUCUUGGCCCUGUAGAUAACCCACACGACCCGCCCUGCGUGCGAUGCAGGAGGGAGAGUAAGGAAUGCUUCUUCUCUGCGACACGCCGGAAGCGCAAGGCCGACGGCGAGGACGACUAUGACGAGGUCGACGACUACGAGGUGCGCAAUGGCAGGAAGCGCCAGCGCUCAGAUGGCCUGCCCGAGCCUCUGAUCACCACGACGAACAACCCGGCGUACAUAUCGCAGCCUCUAACCCCAGGCGGCUCCAUCGGACGAUACGAACCGUUGCGACGGCCGAACACCUCGGGCGGCCACCAGCGGACGCCCAAUGAGGAAGAGGACCAGAAGGUGAACAACGAGACGGUCGCGACACUGCAGGCGGGCGAGGUCUACAGCGGCCACGAUGCGCUGAACCUCCUGUUCGAGGCGGCUGGCAUGAACAACCACCACCGCACCGGAAGCAGCUCGAGCAUGCAGCGACCGACCCUCGGCAGCACACCAGGCUCGCAGACCAACUUCGCAAGCCCCCGGCCCAACACAUCCCAUGCGCGCGCCAACUCGCGCGCCACCGUCGAGCCCUCGGUCGAUCCGGCUAUACAGCAACCCAUGCUGCCCGACCCGCCGAACGAAGCUGCCUUCGCCGACGCCGUGAGAGCCUGGUCAAAGUUUCGCUUUGUGCGCGCAGGAUGGCUCACGGCAAAGGAAGCAAUCGCAUACAUCGACUACUUCUACGCCUUCCUGUCGCCGCUCACACCAAUCGUCGUGCCCGACUACCGCGAUCAUGCCUUUCACGCAAAGCUGCUUAAGGAGGAGCCUAUGCUGGUCAUCACCCUAUUGACCAUCUCGGCGAGGUAUUCCCAACCCAGCGGCUCGAGUGGUGUUGGCGCAACAUCUCGGUCAUACCUCAUCCACGAGAAACUAUGGAAGUACCUGCAGGGCAUGAUAGAUCGCAUGAUCUUCGGACAAGAGCAGUUCGGCGGCGGCUUCUGUGGCGCAGGCCAGCAGCCUGGAUCCGACGUGAACCCUCUGUCGCGGAAGGGCCUUCGUACACUUGGCACUGUCGAGAGUCUGAUGCUCCUUACCGAAUGGCAUCCUCGCGCGCUGCACUUCCCUCCUGGCGAUGACGACGACGAGCUCGUUCUCCCCGACGAUCCCUACGAGGCAGGACCGAAGGCUGAUAUGUACAAGGGUGUGGGCGACAAGCGCAUCGAUAGUUGGCUGGAGCCGUGCUGGCGCAGUGACCGUAUGUGCUGGAUGCUGCUGGGCAACGCCAUGACGCUCGCGUUCGAGAUUGGCGUCUUCGACGAGACGAACGAGACCGAGUUCGAAGAGGCAAAUCAGCACCUCUCACAUGCGACAGUGAAGGCCUACUACCGGAGGAAGAACCAUCUUCGCGACUUGCUCAUAAUAUACGUCACCCAGACCAGUGGCAGACUGGGCCUUACCUCCAUGCUUCCCAAGCUUGAGCGAGAUGAGAACCUAGUUGGCGGACCCUCACCACUUGAGCUAUAUAAGGAGCGCAUCAGUCGCAUCAAGGCCCCUCCAGCUCAGUUUGGAAUGCGCUCAGAUGGCCAGCGCCUUCCGCUCGAAUCCAUCGCUACCCAGGAACGCCACGCUGUUCAAGAUCUUGUGCUCGACUUCUGGGCUCGCAUUGCCAAGGUCAUGGAGAUGGGUAACCUGAAGUUGUUCUCCAAUCGACGCAAGACCAGGGAGUUGCUCAAGUCGGGAGGCUACGAGGAGAUGCUUAAGUUCUUCCAAGGGCCAUUGGUGGAGUGGAGGAAAUGCUUCGACCGAGCCCCUCAAGUACCGGCACAACUCCGCCACGUCCUCAUCAUCGAGUUUGAGUACACGCGUGUAUAUCUCAACUCCCUCGCUCUUCAGGCGGUGGUAGAACGCUGCACGCACAACACUCCGCUACAGACACAUGCUCAGCCCAACGGCAUGAACGGACGCACUCCAAACAGCAACGGCAAUGGCACUGGUAACGAUGACGGCGGCGCUAUUCCCUUUAGUACACUCGUCAAGUGGUACGCGAACGAUCGCCACUACAUCAACGAAGUCAUCGAUGCGUCACGCAACGUACUGAAAGUCGUGGUGGAGGGUCUGCAUCCUGGUGGCUAUCUACGGCAUGCGCCAGUGCGCACGUUCUUCCGCAUCGUCAGUGUGGCCAUAAUUCUGCUCAAGACAUUUGCGUUGGGCGCAACCGAAGAAGACGUGGCUGUCAGCCUUAGCCUGCUCAGCGACUCGGUCGAUGCCCUACGAACGAGCAUAGUCGACGAUGUGCACGUCGGUAACCGCUUCGCUGAUCUCGUCGAAACCCUGACCCACCGCAUCCGUUCGCGCUUCGUGCGCCUUGCUGCCAACGGCUCGAGUGGCAUAUCCCGCGCUGGAAGCAAGAGCCCGAACCAGCCACCGUUGAUGCCUCCGCCCGCUCCACUCAACAACACCAACCACCUUGCACCGGCAUACAUGGGAUCACAGCAAACAGGUUUUUCUGGUACUGGUACCAGCGUGCCCGGCUCCCCUAGUAUGGGCCUCGGUGCCAGCGGUCGCGCGACACCUCUUUGGGGUAUUUCAGCCGAACCCUACGACCCCAACAGCAAUUCCAUCAGCAUCAUGCCUCCGCCUGGCAACUAUCAGAAAUACCAGAACAACAAUACAAACAACAACAACUCCAACGGCAAUAACAAUACCAACUGGAGUCAGUGGGCAAAUAGUGGUGCGAGCUGGGGCGCCGGCCAAGAUCAGGAUUGGCUUGCGCUGCCACUUGAUCCUUUGCUGGAUCAGUGGGGUGCGGAGAUCAAUCAGACGGCUAUGGGACCGGAUAUCGGUGGCAUGGACAUGUUAGAUAUUCUUCUGAAUAUGGGCGGGCCGCCGGGCAGUGCCUAG